GUGUCAAAAAUUUUGUUGUCCUCAUGUUGCUCCUGUCCCCAAUUAUUCGCGAGUACCGAGCGGCGACGGAGCUGCUCGGGAGAGGAAGACGGGAUACCCCCGAAACCUAAUAUUCUGAAGUCUCGAUCCAUCGAUUCCUUUCUCCCCCGAGUUGAAUUCAAAAAAUCCUUGGGCUCGGGGGAGGAUUCAAGAAAUCCUCGACCUCCGAUCGCAUGGCCUCCGGUUCUCCUCUCCACCAGACUCUCGUCCCUCUCUUAACGUCUCCAGGUGGCUCCCUUUCAGAUGAUGAUGCCCAAUUCUUAUUAGUUCCUAUCCAUAUCGUCACCCAUGCUUCUCAACUUCCACCUGAAUUUCUGAAUCCCUCAGUCGAUAGUCAGCUGGUCAUUGGAUUGGAUUGUGAGGGUGUUGAUCUUUGUCGGAAUGGAGCUCUUUGUGUAAUGCAGAUGACAUUAAUUCAGCAAAGUGGCAUAGUGUUCAGCACUUAUCGAUAUAAACUUACCAUGUUCAACAGUAAGCUUGCCUUUCCAGAUGCUGUAUACUUGGUUGAUGCUGUUGAGGGUGGGAAGGCACUGAUGGAAGCUUGUAAGCCUGCAAUCGAGUCUACUUACAUCACAAAAGUUAUUCACGAUUGCAAACGGGACAGUGAGGCUUUAUAUUUUCAAUUUGGCAUCAAACUGCAUAAUGUUGUGGAUACCCAGAUUGCCUAUUCUCUGAUCGAGGAGCAAGAAGGAAGGAAGCGAUCACCUGAUGACUAUAUUUCUUUUGUUGGCCUUCUUGCUGAUCCUCGUUAUGGUGGAAAAUCAUACCUGGAAAAGGAAGAAGUGCGUGUUCUUCUAAGGCAGGACCCUGCAUUUUGGACAUACAGACCAAUGUCCGAAAUGAUGAUCCGUGCUGCUGCUGAUGAUGUCCGCUUUCUCCUCUAUAUCUAUCACAAAAUGAUGGAGAAGUUGAACCAAAGAUCCUUGUGGCAUCUUGCAGUCCGUGGCUCACUGUACUGUAGAUGUUUCUGCAUCAAUGAUAUUGACUUUGCUGAUUGGCCUCCUCUUCCCACUCUUCCAGAUUUUCUAGCUGCUGAAGGUUAUGUCCCUGAAGAAGAGAUACUCUCUGUGCUAAAUGUUCCUCCUGGGAAAAUGGGACGGGUUAUUGGGAAAAGAGGUGCCUCUAUUCGAUCAGUAAAACAAUCUUGCAAUGCGGAGAUUCUCAUCGGUGGUGCUAAGGGUCCUCCUGAUAAGGUUUUCAUCAUUGGGCCUGUGAUGGAGGUGAGGAAAGCUGAAGCAAUUCUUCGUGGGCGGAUGAUAGACCUGUAGCAAAUCCACCCUUUGUGAUAGCUCCAGAUAUCGUCUUUUACGGAGCUAAUACAGGAUUGGACGUUGUGGUUCUCUCUCCUGACAUGCCUUGUAUGCUGUGUUUCUCUAAAUGCUACAGUCUUGCUAGCUGUGGUCUGUCAUCUGACACUGUUCCCUCUACUGUCAUAUAGAAGGAUGGCAACUCCGUUCCAGAACCUAGUUCGCACUUUAUGAGAUGAAACUAGGUUAUGGCAGAUGAAAUGGAGGAAUAACAGGUUUGCCAUUGUUGUUGAUAAUCAUUGUAAUCAACCAUUGGAUGGAUUGCUAUAGUGGAUGGUCCAAUUUUGGAUCAUGUCAAAAGAAAAAAAUGUACAACCAAGCAUCGUGCUUCAAA